UCUCUGUGUGUGUGUGUGUGUGUGUGUGUGUGUCUCUCUCUCUCUCUCUCCCUCCCUCUCCUGCUCCCUCUCUCUCUUCCUUCUCUCCCUCUCUCUCCUCCCUCUGCUUUCCCGGUGCAGAAAGUCUCCGUCGCUCCUGGAACUUGUUGGCAAUGCCUAUUUUUCAGCUUUCCCCCGCGUUCUCUAAACUAACUAUUUAAAGGUCUGCGGUCGCAAAUGGUUUGACUAAACGUAGGAUGGGACUUAAGUUGAACGGCAGAUAUAUUUCACUGAUCCUCGCGGUGCAAAUAGCGUACCUGGUGCAGGCCGUGAGAGCAGCGGGCAAGUGCGAUGAGGUCUUUAAGGGCUUUUCAAACUGUUUGCUCAAACUGGGCGAAAGCGUGGCCAACUACCCGCAGGGCCUGGACGACAAGACGAACGUCAAGACCAUGUGCACAUACUGGGAGGAUUUCCACAGCUGCACGGUCACAGCCCUUACGGAUUGCCAGGAAGGGGCGAAAGAGAUAUGGGAUAAACUGAGAAAAGAAUCCAAAAACCUCAACAUCCAAGGCAGCUUAUUCGAACUCUGCGGCAGCGGCAAUGGGGCGGCGGGGUCCCUGCUCCCAGCGCUCUCCGUGCUCCUGGCGUCUCUCUCGGCAGCUUUAGCGACCUGGCUUUCCUUCUGACCGCGGGGCCGGCUCCCCCCUCGCCCACCCACACUCACUCCAUGCUCCCGGAAAUUGAAAGGAAGAUCCAUUCGUUCUUUGGGGACCCUGUGAUUCUCUGUGAUGCUGAAAACACUCAUAUAGGAUUGUGGGAAAUCUUGAUUCUCUUUGAUUUCGUUUGAUCUCUUGUGUUUUAUUUGCCAAAUGUUACCAAUCAGUGAGCAAGCAAGCACAGCCAAAAUCGGACCUCAGCUUUAGUCCCUCUUCACAUAACAAUAAGAAAAUGAUAAACCCACCCCAUUUUAAAAAUUUUAUUUUUUGGCAAAAGAAUCUCAGGAAUGGCCCUGGGCCACCUACUAUACUAAUCAUGUGAAUACAUGACCAAUGACGGGCUCCUCCUAAUAGGAAAGAGGAGAGGAGAAGGCCAGGGGAAUGAGUUCAGAGAGAUGACCACGAGGGAAGCAUAUGGUGAAUAAUUCACGUUCACGCCUUUCUUCCACAGUAUCUUGUUUUGAUCAUUUCCACUGCACAUUUCUCCUCAAGAACAGUGAAAGGACAGAUUGUCGGCUUUGUGUUUGAAGGGUCAGAGGCAGAGAGGAAAAGAGCUGGGGAACUCCCGGGUUAGAGGUAAAGGCUGCCGGAAGAAGUGCUGCUCGAUUCACUGAGAGGUUCAGCUUCACCUGCUGUUAUUGAUGCAUCUUUCCAAGUCCAAGCCUUUCUUUCCCCUCCUCUCUUGUUUUAGCUGUUACACAUACAGUAAUACCCGAAUAUCCACCGGUGUAGAUCACAAGGGGGGAGUGUUCAAUGUUAAUCUAAAAUAUAGUUUAAAAAGAUUUUGACAUAGAGAGCCUUGAUUUUAAAGAGAGAGAGAGAUGUAAUUUAAAAAGUUUAUUAUAAAUUAAAUUCAAGCAAAAAAAGAUUUGCUACAAAGUAUAGAGAAGUAUAAAAUAAAGUUAUUGUUUGAAAUGGG